AUGAAGUUCUCCGCAGUCCUCGCCCUCAUCCCCUUCCUCGCAGGAGCCCUUGCUGCUCCGAGUCCAAAUAAUAUGCUCACGGAGGCCCCGAUGCAGCAGAACUCUGACAUGGACGCCAGCUCCCAGCUCUUGUCCAUUACUGCCGCCCAAUGCCCUCCCAGCCACCCCUUGCUGUUUCCUGCUGUCCAAAGGCCUGCUGCGCCGCUGGCACCACCCACUGCGGAAGUGAUGGCCACUGCUACCGCCGUGGAUAAAGGAUAUCUUCAUAUUCUAAGGCUUGGGUGA